AUGCUGAAUUGGUCACUGGAUAAGAUUGAAAAACAACAUCCUCUGUUAUGGGAGUUCUCAUGGAAUACAAGAGUAAUAGAAAGUCAUUGUUCAUUGGGUUACAUCAAAUAUGCUAUUUGUUUUCUCCUUGCUUUGCACUUUCAACGAGUGCCGGCAUACAAGUACAAAUUUGCGGAUUCAGAAAGAGGCAAAGUGCAACAAAGAUGGUUUUUCUUUUCAGCUAACGAAGUGAAAUUGUUGAAUAACCAGGGGAAAAGGUGCUACCAAAUUGACUAUGUUCCAGCUCCAAGAAUCACUGAAGCUGACAAAACAAAUGACAGAAAGUCAUUGCAGAGAGCACUUGAUAGAAGACUGUAUCUUCUUCUGUACGGUGAUAGUAAUGGAGCUCCUAGUGGGAAUCCUGUGUGGCAUUUUCCAGAAAAUGUUUACGAUUCGCAAGACAUAUAUUUGCAGUGUGCAAAGUCUGCCUUGGAAUCUGUACUUGGAGGCCUUUCUCACACUUACUUCGUUGGGAAUGCUCCCAUGGGGCAUAUGGUUAUAAAGCCGAAGGAGAAUGUGCCCGAACCAUACGAGUUAUUUCAACGGUUCUUCCUCAAGCGUCAAGUGAUAGAUACCAACAAGUUCAAUAUCCGGAAAUGCGAGGAAUAUUUCUGA